AUGGUUGACUGUCGGGAGCUAGGUGGGAUUGUAGCUGUGAGGUGUGCUGCCCUCUCCCUGCUCCCCCUACAGAACCUGGUGCAGCUUCAUGCUGACAGAAUACAGGACAGGAGCACCCAGCGUGAACCACCCCUAGAGCUUCCAGAGGUCGGAGGAAUGCGGAGCAAGGAGCCAGAGUCAGACAGCAACACCAGCUUGUGUGCUAGUGCUUGCUGCCUGAGUGCGAUGACUGGAAAUUGGUAUGCGACACAUCACACCAAACGUAGCAGAACGUGGUAUGAGAGUAGUAGUGGGGCCGCUGAUGAUGCAGCUGGGAAGCAGCCGGCACGGCCGGUGGUGGCAGUAUGCGGAAAUGCCUUAGAUAAGCCGUCGAUGAAGCUGGCACGGCGGGCCAGAUCCUUCAAGGAUGACGUCAUGGACCGCAUCAACAACAUGCGCGUCAGCCCAGGGGGCGCCACCCUCAGGUCGCCGUCGCCGACGAAACACGUUAAGACCUCGCCACUUGGGGGCGUCGCGUGUAUGGAGACGAACCUUCAAAAGGAUGAUAAGGAGAUGGACAAGCUCUAUCUGUGUAAGAAGGACGUCCUCUAUGCGCUCAAGUACUUCCAAGACGUCAUCGAGAAGAGCAUGAUGCAGCUGCUCCCUGGCUCAGCGACCAUCGUCCUGGAAACGGUCACCGCCGUGUUCAGCGUGCUAGGCCACACCAACGACGACAGUUCGGUGAUCAUCUCCAGUCACAACCAGGUGUUCCAGAGCAUUGCUCAGUUCAUCCACUUUGCCGACCACAUGCUGCUACACGAUGAGGUGCCGGCGGACCGCGAGCGAGCCAAUCAGGUCAUCCGAGCUCGCCGCCACGAGGACGGCGCUCCCGACGCCGCCGCCGACGGGUCGGAGCCCGCGCCGCCGCCGCUGCCGAUCAAGAAGCGCAACAUCAUGGCGUACAUGCAGAUGGUGGGCGACUACGCCGUGCCGAACCGAGACGAGCUGCUGCAGCUGAACUGGCGCACGUCGCACUCGCUGAUGCGGCACAUCGCCGCGACGCCCGCGCUGCAGCAGCUGCAGCCGCCGCGCUGGCCCGCGUGGUCGUCGCACAGCCUGCCGCCGCUGAUGACGUCGAGCUCGGACGACUCGGGCAUGUUCUCGCUCGACCUGUCGCUGCCGGAGGACGACGCGCCGCCGCCGGCGCUGCCGCCAAAGCAGCGGCACCUGGCGAUCGAGGAGGGCCGGGCGGAGGAGCUGGCGGCGAGGGAGGCCGAGCGGGAGCACGGGGAGGAGCGCACGAAGGAGGCCGGGGGGAAGGAGGGUGUCGCCGAGGAGGAGCCAGAGGGGGAAGCCGCGGACGCUGCUGCGACGCACGCGCUGGAGGCCCUCGAUCCCGGCUUGUAUCUGGUGUGGAAGAAGGAGCGGGAGGAGGGUCCAGACGUGAGGGGAGGCACCGUUGACGGCCUGAUCGUGCUCGCCGCCUGUCGCGCGAAGAACCAGAACGAUUUCCUCUACCAGGAGGCGUUCUUGACGACGUAUCGUACGUUCAUGGGGUCACGACCUCUGAUAGACAAGUUGCUGCAUCGCUACCGCGCGUUCAGUCGCUGCGCCGACACUGGAAGGAAGAGAUCGUCACGCAGCGCCUUCUCUCUACUCGUACGCGUCGUGGAUGAGCUAUGCGUGACGGAUGUUGACGACAGCCUGGUGAAAAUUCUUACGGACCUGGUGUUUGAGUUGCUUAGCGACGGGCAGCUGUUGCUAGGCAAGGUGCUUCGCUCCCGCAUCCUGGAGAAGUGUGAGACGAAGAGAGAGUCUAGCAACCAUCACAUGCUGCUGUUGCCGUCCAUCGCAGUUUCUUCCCGACCGGUGACCCUGCUAGACUACAAACCUGAACACAUAGCCGAACAGAUGACGAUGUUGGAUGCCAGUCUGUUCCAGAAGAUGGAGAUUGCAGAGAUGCUGCUGUGGGCAAAAGAGCAAUCAGAGGAGCUAAGUCCAAAUCUGACGCUGUUCACCGAACACUUUAAUAAGAUGUCGUACUGGGCAAGGUCCAGGAUACUGGAACAGGACGACGCACGUGACAGGGAGCGCCACCUGGUGCGCUUCAUCAAAAUCAUGAAGCAUUUGAGGCGGUUGAAUAACUUCAACUCGUACCUGGCGCUUCUCUCAGCGCUGGACUCUGCCCCGAUCCGUCGUCUGGACUGGGUGAAGCAGAUCACGGAGACCCUCAAGGAGUAUUGUGAGCUGAUAGAUAGCUCGGCGUCAUUCCGCGCAUAUCGCCUGGCGCUGGCUGAGACGGAACCUCCUUGCAUACCUUACAUAGGUCUGAUUCUACAGGAUCUCACGUUUGUACAUAUAGGCAACAGCGAUCUACUGCCUGAUGGAAAAAUCAACUUUGCCAAGCGAUGGCAGCAGUUCAACAUUUUGGACAAUAUGCGCAAGUUUCGGAUGUGUAAUUAUCCCAUCAAGAAGAACGAGCGAAUCCUGGCAUUCUUCAACGGCUUCAGCGACUAUCUCGACGAGGAGACAAUGUGGCAGAUAUCCGAGAGCAUAAAGCCCCGGGGAGGCCGCAGCAAGCAGACGCACAUGUAACCCGUGCUGCGCUCUAGUGGCAGCAAAAUUAAACAUUUACCUUUCCCGCUGACAUGAUUUACAGACGGCUCUAACCAACCCAGCAUUGUGAGAGGAUAUUAACAAUGCUUUCCAAAUCUUGCCCUUAUCUUGCCUUCUCUUGCCAGUUGUAGGGUGUAUACACGUGUGCUGGCAUUUUUCUGAGAAAUGGUUGUGAGCCUGCCCUGUGUUAACUAUUACGGGCCACUUGUAAUCUUGGACUUGCCAAAACCGUGCGUAAUUGGGUGUAGUUGUACAGACUUUACUACAAAUGUCAUCGUGGCUAACGUUAGCUGGUAGCUUGCCACUUAUGUUAUGUAAAUAUGUGGGAAUCUCACAAUGUAUGAUAUAUACGUGAGCUUAUCGCCAGUGAAAGCUGACGUGUAGAGGUGUGUGUGGGAGUCUGCAGGAUUGCGGACUGCAGAAUGCGCAGUGGAGAGAACAGGCAUAAAGGUGCUCUGCCACUAGGUGGCACCAGCAGUCAAUUUAGGCGACAUAGUGCUGAUGCAUGAUUGUGUCUUUGUAGACGCAGUAGUCAGAUGACUAGCCUAGUGUAAACUUUCAAACCUGUAUAUAUAACAGGAUGGAAAUAUAUUAAUUUGUAAAAAGCUGAGAUUUUAUAAUACAAAUGUAAAUUGUGCAGUUGCGUUCUUUGCACAAGUGCGCAGAUUGACCCACCGUGACCACUGCUCCAUGUCUCUUGUCACACUAAUUACUCCAUUGAUUGCACCUUGGCCUUUUUUCAUGAUGUAUAGUUUUCUCAUGAGUUUAACCACAGAGAUUGCCUUAGCCACAUCAACUUAAAUUAAUAGUAGUGGUACGUGAACUUGAUGGGAACUUACUGGAGUAUGUGUGCAAGUAGCAGGUAAUCUGUAUAAGUAGACGAAGGUCACGGUAAUUUCAAGAGUAGAAGGGAGUGUUGUUGUAAAAUAGGCAGGCUUCGCGUUAGAUUUGUAAUAUUGUACAUUGAAUUUGUAAAAUAACAAACUCUUGCCAACGUUGAGGCAAGUGCCUUUUUUUAUAUGAAUAGAACUAGUUGGGAGACGUGUGUCGUCUUGCUUCCACGCGUGAAUGCAAUAUCAGGUUGUUGAUUUUGUAGGUUUAUGCUGAACACCGAACAACGAAUAGGUUGUGUGCGAGACCUGUGAUUAUCGUGGUAGAUUUCUGCACGUGUUAUACUUACAAUGUAGCGGCGUCACUCGUUAAUGUUAGUUGACAUUCACGGAUGUGCAUUGAUCCCCCCAUACACGAACCUCGUUACUCAUCGUGAAAACCCGCCGAUUAUCGCCGUUUGUGUUGUAAACAUUACAUGAUUUAAACAAUUUUUUUAAUUCCUUUAAAUUUGAUUGGUACGAGUGGUGGUAGACAGGCUAUGGCAUGUAAUGCGAUAGGAAUGUAUAUAUGAUUUAGGCAGUUCACUCUACGAAGAGAGCUACGGCUAGCAGUCGGAACUCAUUUCAACUUCUCUUCUAGAAACUGGCAUGUUGACGCACACAAAGUGGCGUAUGGAUACGGUGACAUAGUAUAUUGUUUCCAUGAGCGCCAGUGUAAAUCUUUCCGAAUACGUUUCAGGCAGUAAAUGAGGUCGGUGGUAUAUGGAGGCGUUACUGUGCUCGUAGGCAAAUGUUGCUUACGAUCAUUGUCGAUUACUAUGUUGAUUAUAUUCAGUUAAAACCCUCGUGUAUAAUAUUAAUACCUUCUAGAGUGAAUAGCUGUUAUUAACAACGAGAUAUAAUUUCUAUCGCAAGCUUAACGUCAAGAGAUGGCGCAUGCCAUAUGCGAAAUGCCUUUUUAAUCGGUUGUGUAAAAUUUUUAUAAAAUAAUCACAUUACAUUAACGAACAUAAUUUAUUUCUAUUAUUCAGUAAAUAUUAUUGUUAUGUAAUAAUUAUUACAAGAAUUUUGUAUAAAAUGAUGCGUUGUGAAUUCGAGAUGCUAUUCGUAUGAUGUUGUUAGAUCGAUUCUGGAUUUAUUAAUUGUUUUUGAUAAUAAUUUAAAAUGACUUUUUAUUAACACCUGCUUAAUUUUUAACACAUGCAUGAGUCAAUUAUGCAGAAGUAUAUGUACGACAAUUUAUAUGAAAUAAGAUGACUUUAUAAUCACUAA